AGGAUCCUUACUACACUUUCUUCCAGGCGUUUGUCGUUCAAUUCAUUUCCUUUCCCAAACAGACGCAUAUUUUAAGGCGAGUCGGGCGUUACUCCACCCGGAAGGAAGGAGCAGAGGAGUAAACCCGUCCAGUUAUCACACCUCAGAGUCAGCUGCUAGAGAGGUUUGAGCGAGAUCUGUGAUGGAUGAGGGUUAGCACGGACGCUAUCAGGAACAGCUCGUUAUCGAGCGAACAUCGCAGUGUUUGGACGGUGUUCUCGGUGAAACCGCGCUAACGGGAUCCGCUCGGAUCGGACGAAGUUGGAAAUACGGAAAUAACAGUCAUUCAUGGCCCGCAUUAUCAUCAGCUAACCUGAAGUACCGUCACCGCGCCUCUUCGCCCUUCAGACAGAUAUUAAAGUAUGCGGCUGUCAGAAGUGGAGAGUGAUUAGAGUUCACUCGAAGAGAUUGUGAGCUGAGAGUAAAACACAAACAUGUCAUAACGUGCAGAGUCUGGCUUUACAACCGAAACCCGCGAGUGACCGAAGCUCAUGAUGUCCGGCGACAGCAGCGGAGAGGACUCGGACCGAGAACCGGACACCACCGUCACACACCGGAUCACCAGCGCAAACCUCACCGGACACACAGAGAAAGUGGGCAUGGAGAACUUCGAGCUUCUGAAAGUGCUGGGCACCGGAGCGUACGGGAAAGUGUUUCUGGUCAGGAAAAUCAGCGGCCAUGAUAAAGGCAAACUCUAUGCCAUGAAGGUUUUGAAGAAAGCAGCCAUCGUUCAGAAGGCGAAGACGGCUGAGCACACUCGAACAGAGCGGCAGGUGUUGGAACACAUCCGCCAGUCUCCCUUCCUGGUCACCCUUCACUACGCCUUUCAGACGCAAACCAAACUGCAUCUCAUACUCGACUAUGUGAGCGGAGGAGAGAUGUUUACACACCUGUACCAGAGAGACCAUUUCUCGGAGGAUGAGGUCAGGAUCUACGUGGGAGAAAUCAUUCUGGCCCUGGAGCACCUGCACAAGCUUGGCAUCGUGUACCGGGACAUUAAGCUGGAGAACAUCUUACUGGACAGUGAUGGUCAUGUGGUGCUGACAGACUUUGGGCUGAGUAAGGAGUUUCUGGAAGAGGAGAAAGAGAGGACGUACUCAUUCUGUGGCACUAUUGAGUACAUGGCUCCAGAGAUCAUCCGAGGGAAAGCUGGCCAUGGCAUGGCGGUGGACUGGUGGAGUUUGGGGAUUCUGAUGUUUGAGCUGCUGACCGGAGCGUCUCCGUUCACUCUGGAGGGAGAGAGGAAUUCCCAGAGCGAGGUGUCCAAACGUAUCCUGCGCUGCGAGCCUCCCUUCCCCUCCAUCAUCGGCCCCUUGGCUCAGGAUCUCCUCCGAAAGCUGCUGGUGAAAGACCCUCACAAGAGGCUGGGCUCUGGCCCCCGAGGAGCCGAGGAGAUCAAGUCUCAUGCUUUCUUCAAGGGUUUAAACUGGUCUGACCUGGCAGAGAAGAAGCUCCUGAGUCCAUUCAGACCUGAGCUACGGAACGAGCUGGAUGUGGGCAACUUUGCAGAGGAGUUUACAGGAAUGGAUCCGGUCUAUUCCCCUGCCGGCACUCCGCCCAGUACAGACCGUCUGUUUCAGGGCUACUCUUUUGUGGCUCCGUCUAUCUUGUUCAAUAAGAACGUGGUGAUGGAGGACGUUCUGGACGCUCAUGUGAAUGUUGACCGGCCCGGUUCUGCUACAGUUCAGCGCAGCGCUAUGCUAAAGGAGUCCCAGUUCUUCCUGCACUAUGAGCUGUGCCUGCAGGGGGCUCCACUGGGCGAGGGCAGCUUCUCUAUCUGCAGGAAGUGCAGACACAGACAGAGCGGCCAGGAGUACGCCGUCAAGAUCAUCAGCAGAAGGAUGGAGGCCAUGACUCAGAAAGAGAUCGCAGCACUACGCCUGUGUGAGUCUCACCCCAACAUCGUCACGCUCCACGAGGUCUACACUGAUCAGUAUCACACGUAUCUGGUCAUGGAGCUGCUGCGUGGUGGAGAGCUGCUGGAGCGAAUCCGGAAGAAGAAGGUGUUUGCAGAAUGGGAGGCCAGUCAGCUGAUGAAGAGCCUGGUGUCUGCGGUCAGCUUCAUGCAUGAGGCUGGAGUCGUACACCGAGACCUCAAACCUGAGAACGUGCUGUUUGCGGAUGAGUCGGAUGACUCGGUGUUGAAGGUGAUUGAUCUGGGCUUUGCGCGGUUGUUUCCGAGCGGCAGUGCCCCCCUGCAGACCCCCUGCUUCACCCUGCAGUACGCCGCGCCCGAGCUCUUCCACAGCAAGGGAUACGACCAGGCCUGUGACCUCUGGAGCCUCGGGGUCAUCCUGUACACCAUGCUCUCUGGCCAAGUUCCGUUCCAGAGUGAGAAGAAGGGAAUGACAUCAUCGUACGCAGCUGACAUCAUGCACAAGAUCAAAGAGGGAGAUUUCUCAUUGGACGGGGAAGCCUGGAGGGGCGUGUCUGAAGAGGCCAAAGAUUUAGUGAGAGGUCUGUUAACUGUGGAUCCUGAGCGCCGGCUCAAGCUCUCGGCUCUGAAGGAGAACGCCUGGCUCCAGGGGGGUGGUGUCAUGUCCUCCACCCCUCUCUGCACCCCUGAUGUCCUGGAGUCCACCGGCCCCACCGUCCGCACCUAUGUCAACGCCACCUACAAGGCGUUUAACCGAGGGAAGCGUGAGGGGUUUUUCCUCAAAAGUGUCGACAAUGCGCCGCUGGCGAAACGCCGCAAGAUGAAGAUGACCAGCACUGGUGUGGAGACGAGACGCAGCUCUUCCUCCUCCUCUUCCUCCUCCUCUUCCUCAUCCGCUUCACAUCCCAAGACGCAGAACUGCCAGUCCUUGAAUCCCCACCAGGAGCCCAAACCGUGAGGUCUCCCAGUGCGGCGCCACCUGUGUCCUUUUAGACAUUUUAAUGAAUGUAAAGAUGUUUUUAGAGAGAUCUUUUCACUGCAAGAGACGAGUGAAACCGAGAUCAGGGAACGCUGAAAUAUUAGGG